AUGUCGUCUUCCGCCCAUGACUACGGCGAGAAGAACAUCCCUCCCCACAUCUUGGACGAGACCCCUCUUGCUCGAGGGAUCCAUACCCGCUCGCACUCGCACGAUGACGAAGACAUCCGACGAGGCUCCAAGAGUUCUCGCAAACACUCGGUCGUUGCCGCGCUCAAGUCCAACUACGGACUGGCCGAAGUCCCCUCGGACACUGAAAGCUUCAAUGUCAGCUACGAUUCGACCCACCGAAAGCUCAAGCCUAGACAUAUCCAGCUCAUAGGUAUUGGGGGAACCAUUGGCACGGCUUUGUAUGUCCAGAUCGGCCGUGGUUUGUUGAACGGGGGUCCCGGGUCGCUGUUUCUGGCUUUUACAAUCUGGUGUUCAUUCAUCCUCUGCGUGACGAACUGCAUGGCCGAAAUGGUGACGUACCUGCCCAUUUCGUCGCCAUUCAUCCGUUUCGCCGGACGCUAUGUCGACGAAGCAUUCGGCGUGGCGGCCGGGUACAACUUCUUCGUGUUCGAGGCGAUGCUGGUCCCCUUCGAGAUCGUGGCGUGCAACGUCAUCAUCCACUUCUGGUCGGACGUCGUGCCGGCGGGCGGGAUCAUCGCGAUCGUGAUUGUGCUGUACGGGAUCAUCAACGUGUUUGCGGUGCAAUGGUACGGCGAGUCCGAGUUCUGGCUCGCCCUGGGCAAGGUGCUCCUGAUCAUCGGCCUGAUCAUCUACACCUUCAUCGCGAUGCUGGGCGGCAACCCGCUCGGCGACCGGUUCGGGUUCCGCUACUGGAACAACCCGGGCUCCUUCACCGAGCUGUACUACGACGGCUCGCUCGGCCGGUUCCUGGGGUUUUUGCAAUGUCUGAUCCAGGCCUCCUUCACCAUCGCCGGGCCCGACUACGUCUCCAUGGCGGCCGGCGAGGCGGAGAAUCCGCGCCGCGUGCUGCCCAAGGCCUACAAGGCCGUCUUCUACCGGCUGACGGCCUUCUUCAUGCUCGGCUCGCUGUGUGUCGGCAUCUUGGUCCCCUACAACGACCCCGAGCUCACCGAGGCCUUUUCGUCCGGCAAGCCCGGCGCCGCCGCCUCGCCUUACGUCGUGUCCAUGAACCGCCUGGGCAUUCCGGUCUUGCCGCACAUUGUCAAUGCCAUGGUCCUCGGCGCCGCCUUCUCCGCCGGCAACAGCUACGUCUAUUGCGCCAGUCGCAGUUUGUUCGGUCUCGCCCUCGAGGGCAAGGCGCCCAAGAUCUUCACCCGCUGCACCAGGAACGGCGUGCCGGUUUAUUGCGUCCUGGUCGUCUUGUUGAUCAGCUUGUUGAGCUUUUUGCAGGUCAGCAACGACGCUGCCGUGGUGUUGAGCUGGUUCGUCAACUUGGUGACUGCAUCACAACUGAUCAACUUCGCCGUCAUGGCAUUCACCUUCAUCAAAUUCAAAAACGCGCUCGACGCCCAAGGCAUCGACCGCAACAGCCUCCCCUACAAGUCGUGGCUGCAGCCGUUUUCGGCCUACUAUGCCCUGACGGGCUGUUUCAUCAUGACCUUUGUCGGCGGCUACACCGUCUUCCUGCCCGGGUUCUGGGACGUGCCGACCUUCUUCUUCAGCUACACCAUGAUCGGCGUGUUUCCCAUCCUGUUCGUCGGCUGGAAACUCAUCAAGAAGACGAAAUGGCUGAAGCCGCACGAGGUCGAUCUGAGGAAAGACAUGGAUGAGCUGGAAGAGUAUGAGAGGAACUAUGUGCCUAGACCGCCGAGGUGA